GGCCAAGCCUCGGCCACUAUGUCCCUCCAGACCCCUCCGGACUCCAGCUGUCUGGAUCUGUGGAGGGAAAAGAAUGACCAGCUCGUUCGACAGGCCAAGGUGGCUCAGGACUCCGAUCUGUCUUUGAGGCGACAGCAGUUGGCUCAAGAUGCAUUGGAAGGGCUUAGGGAGCUCCUCCAUAGUCUGCAAGGGCUCCCUGCAGCUGUUCCUGUUCUCCCCUUGGAGCUGACUGUCACCUGCAACUUCAUUAUCCUGAAGACAAGCGUGACCCAGGGUUUUACUGAAGAUCAGGCUCUGGAUAUUCAAUGGGGCCUAGAAAGAGUGCUGGAGACCCAGGAGCAACUGGGGCCCAGGUUGGAACGAGGACUCAGGGACCUGUGGGACUCCGUCCUCUAUGCUUCCUCCCUUCUCCCGGAGCUGCUUCCUGCCCUGCACCGUCUUGCUGGCCUGCAGGCUGCCCUCUGGCUGAGCACUGACCAUCUUAGGGACCUGGCCUUGCUGCUGCAGACCCUGAAUGGCAGCCAGAGUGGCUCUUCUGAGGAUCUGCUAUUGCAUCUAAAAACCUGGAGUCCCCCAGCUGAGGAAUCAGAUGCCCCAUUGACCCUGCAGGAUGCCCGGGGAUUGAGGGAUGUCCUUCUGACAGCAUUUACCUACCGCCAAGGUCUCCAGGAACUGAUCAUAGGGAACCUGCCCAAGGCACUAAGCAGCCUGCAUGAAGCGGCCUCAGGUCUGUGUCCACGGCCUGUGUUGGUCCAGGUGUACACAGCACUGGGGACUUGUCUCCGUAAGAUGGGAAAUCCACAGAGAGCACUGGUGUACUUAAUUGAAGCCCUGAAAGGUGGAUCAACCUUAGGUCCUCCACUUCUGGAGGCCUCUAGGCUAUAUCAGCAACUGGGAGACACAGCAGCAGAGCUGGAGAGUCUGGAGCUGCUGGUUGAGGCCUUGAGUGUCACCCACAGUUCUGAAGCACCUCAGCUUCUCAUUGAGGUAGAACUGCUGCUCCCACGACCUGACCCAGCCUCGCCCCUUCACUGUGGCACCCAGAGCCAGGCUAAGCAUCUGCUAGCAAGCCGAUGCCUACAGACAGGGAGGGCAGAAGAUGCUGCAGAGCAUUACUUGGACCUGCUGGCCCUGUUGCUGGAUGGCUCGGAGCCAAGGUUCUCCCCACCCCACUCCCUCCCAGGGCCCUGUAUGCCUGAGGUGUUUUUGGAGGCAGCAGCAGCACUAAUCCAGGCAGGCCGAGCUCAGGAUGCCUUGACUGUGUGUGAGGAGCUGCUCAGUCGUGCAUCAUCUCUGCUACCCAAGAUGUCCCAGCUGUGGAAAGAUGAUAGAAAAGGAACCAAGGAUCUGCCACACUGCCCACUCUGGGUCUCUGCCACCCACCUGCUUCAGGGCCAGGCCUGGGUACAGCUGGGAGCCCAAAAAGAAGCAGUUAGUGAAUUUAGCUGGUGCCUGGAGCUGCUUUUCCGGGCCACACCUGAGGACAAAGAACAAGGGGCAGCUUCCAACUGCGAGCAGGGGUGUAAGUCAGAUGUGGCACUGCAGCAGCUUCGGGCAGCCGCCUUGAUUAGUCGAGGACUGGAAUGGGUAGCCCGUGGCCAGGAUACCAAAGCCCUACAGGACUUCCUCCUCAGUGUGCAGAUGUGCCCAGGUAAUCAAGAUGCUUCCAUUCACCUGCUUCAGACUCUGAGGAGGCUGGAUCGGAGGGAUGAGGCCACUGCUCUCUGGUGGAGGCUGGAGGCCCAAACUAAGCUGCCACAGAAAGAUACUACAUGGUCUCUCCCCCUGUACCUAGAAACCUGUUUGAGCUGGAUCCGUCCCUCUGAUCAUGAAACCCUCCUUGAAGAGUUUCGGAUAUCUGUGCUGGAGCCUCGUGACCUGUAGCUGCCACAUUUCCAAGAGUUUAAACUGGGGCCCCAGUGGGCCAUCUCUCUGUGUGGAGGGCUUUCUGCUUUACCAUCCUUGGGGAGUAUGGCUGGAGCUGACCAUUCCUAUAUAAUUCGUGCACUAAUGAGUCUGGUGGUAGUCCUGCAAAAUUUGGACUAGUUACUACCAUUCUGCUUCUGGAGGAAACACUCUCUGCCACCAACAAGUCAUUGACUUUGCUUGUGGCACAUUUUUUGUGGUUUCCCCUUUUCUUGGUUGAGUAAAAUCUCCUAUUUA